GUCUGAGAUCGUUGCGUUUGCGCUGUUUAUUGUUUAACAAAUUAAUUAAUAUUCAAACAAAACAGCCGCAAAUUGCGGUUAGUGAAAUAUAUAAACGAAAAAUAGAUACAUAAUUAGUGUAUAUAACGAACACAGAGAUAUGAACAUGACAUAUGGUCGGAUGGCAAAGACUUGCCAAGGACGCGAAAUUAACUGCAAAUAAUUGUGAACUCCAAUUAUGAAUUAUCUGUGUUGAAAAUAUUUACAACAUAAUAAUAUUAUAACAACAGAAAACCUAAAAAAAGCAACAAUAGCAUUUGUGUAAUAAGAUUCAAAACAUUUGUAGAUGAUAGCUAAAUUUUAACAAAGGAAUUUUGUAACCGAUUCACUAUCUCUGCAUUUGGUAAUUUGACAUUUUUUCUCAAUGAAAACUGGACUGGUUAGUUCAAUGGUGUAUGCGGUUCGAGCUAACCACGGCCAAUACAAAUAAAAGUAUAUAUGUAAUAUAUAUGUGUAUACGCAACGGCUAUUACAGCUGCAACAGCGCAAAGUUAUUAAAAAUAAAUACAUAUAAAAAAUAUUGUGUGGCUAAAGACAAAGUGUAAAAACAACAAGUAGCAGCAGCCAAAGUUGUAAGCGGAUUGCCUCAGUUGGCGUGGAGUAAACUUGAUUUUUGCCUGCCUCCCUUUGCUGUCUCAUUGAUAUACCAUACAACUUGCAUUUUAUAAUACAAGAGUUGCGGCUGCGCACAAUUUUUCUUUACCUAUGAUAGAGCAGCAUAAAAACGUUCGAAUUAUUAUUGAAAGUAGGAAGCACAAAAAAACGUUGAGAAACCGAAAAAUAAUUAUAAUAAACUACAAGUAACACUCCGCUCUCUGCACAAACAGAGUGCUGUUACAGCGAACACAUUCAAUAUGCAUCAUCAUCAUCCACUGGCACCAACACAAUCAAACACCGGCGGCGCUUCAACUAGCAACAACGCAUCGGUACCCGCACUACCAAAUGUUGGCAGCAUUAAUGCCGGAAUUGGCACUGCCAUUGUAAACAAUACAAGUACUAGCGUAGGAACAACGCAUGUGCAACAGCGACGCCGGAAAAAACGACCAAAUUACGGUACGCGUACCGUAGAGGUGCGACGUGGGUAUAAUGGAUUCGGCUUUACCAUAUCUGGUCAGCAACCUUGUCGCCUAUCAUGCAUUGUCUCUAAUUCGCCCGCUGAUCAAGCAGGAUUACGUGCUGGUGAUUUUCUGAUUUCUGUCAAUGGUUUAAACGUAUCAAAGUUACCUCACGAAACCGUAGUGCAACUAAUUGGAAAUUCGUUUGGUAGCAUACGCAUGCAAAUAGCUGAGAACUAUUAUUCAGACAGCUCUGAUGAAGAGAAUGCGGCGCUUAUGUUACAACAACAAACAACAGUGUCGGGAUUGAAUAGUGUGCUCACCAAUCAAUUAGGCUUAGGCGUGGGCGGCGCGCGGGCCAAACCCCGUUACUUGCACCACAAAGCGAAGAUGCAUCGGCUGCGAAAUUCGCCCCAAAAGAAGCGUACGGUCACAUUACAGCAACAACAACAGCUAGCACGUGCGGAGCAACUGUCGAAGUGUGUGUCUGCUCUAAAACCAAUGGAAUUACAAAAACUACGUCCACUCAUCGAAGAUCUGCCACUACCGUCCAACAGCUCUGCUUAUGUUGCUCCCAGCGUUAGUGCACCAAAAGAACCAACAGCUGGUGUCGCAGCCGCGUCAAACUCUGCUGCAGAAUUAGCAAACGUAAAUGCAAUGGCGCGUGCACCGGCUGCCGCUUUAGAAUAUCGUGCCAUUGUUGGUUAUCUAGGUACUAUCGAAAUGCCGAAGCAAAUUUCGCACAGCUCCAAAUUGCAGACGGUACGCUCAUGUAUACGCAAAUUGCGUCAAGAAAAACGUCAACCUAACAUGGUAUUAAUGACAAUAUUACCCGAUUGCCUCCGGCUACAAGCAGCUAAUGGCAAUACACUGGCGAGUUACGCUUCCGAACGCUUAAACUAUGUGAGCUCAUCUUCGGAGAGUGAGAAUAGGUUUUUUGGUUUGGUCACUAGUGCCGUACACACGUCACAAAUGGACGAAGAUGAUGAAGAUGACGACGAUAUUGAAGCAGCCAAUGUGCGUAACGGUCAAGGAGUAGUGGGUGUCGGUGGCGUUCCAGGUAAUAACGGCAAUGCGCACGUUAGCAUCUCAAAUAGUUGUCAUGUGUUUGUAGUGGACACAAAACUAUGCGAACAUCAGGCGCAUGUGCCGCGUGCAGCCGAAUUUCGUAUUCAUUGUACACGCGAUCCCAUAUCCAGUUUGUGUCUGGAGUUUCCAAAUAAUUCAGAAUAUGUGGUGAAUCUCAUACGCAGCAUGUAUACAAUGCGCAUAAUGCCACCAGUGGUCAGGCACCAUGCCGCCGAAGAUAUUGUAAAUGGCUACGGAGGUGUUGUUGCUGGUGGACCUGCAGCUGCGGCGCAUUCUCCCCAACCUAGUAAUCACAGCGAAAUCUCAACAACUACAUCAAAUUCUGAUUCUGGCAUCGGAUUCCACAAUGAUUGCAAUAACAUCUCUGAUCGCAUACUAGUGGUGGAUUUUCCUGGGGCGCCUGAGCUGCGCAUGCGACCAAUGGGCGCGCGACCUAUGGGUAUAUUCAAUAAUUUUGAUAAUGUCACCGAUAAGCGACCACCAACCGUUCGUGCAGUGCCAGAGGAGAAUUCUCCGCCACAAAGCGUCGAUGUGGCAUCCACAAGCAACGCACAUUGCGCAAAUUCAAGACCAAACCUACUGGCUAAUUUCAAUCUCAUCAAAAGUCCAGCCACUUCGCUGCAGACAACACGUUCCUGUGAUGAUGUACUGGCUUUGGUGGAACGCAGCGCAGAUGACGGCGAAACCGCCGCCUUAGAUCAACAAUCUCUCAUCGCACCACAUGCGUCUAUGGAUGAUAUAUCUCUGCACUCGAGCGCUCCCUCAGCGUCUACUAUGAGUUGUUCUGCUGCCGAUGAACAUCUCUUUUUACAUCCAGCCGCUUGCAUGUUGGCUAUGCAACAUCAAAAGCAACGUCCCACCGCUAGUCAAGUGUACGCGUUGCUGCAGGAUUGUCUUUCACGCGCACGUAAUGCACGUCAAUCAUUACCAUCAGCACAUACAACCACCGAUGGCUUAGCUAACGCACCGAAUUCACAAAACGGCAGUUCGACUGGGGCCACUGCUGCAUCAACUAAACGUCACUCCAUUGGUUUUGAGGCAUCGGAUAUUACGCCGCCUGUAUCUGCGCUCAAUGUUGGCACUUUCGAGACCAACACGUGGAAGAGUUUACAAGACCUGCGUGAAAAUCAGGAAUUGCGUGCGCCGCACACACCAGAUGGUAUCAAUAGUGAACCAGACCUACUGGUAAAGCGCUACAAAGAAACUAUGUAUGAGACAAAUCAGUUUGAAGUUAAAAAUGAGGCAUUUGAAAACGGUAAAUUGUGCAAAAAUUUAGAGAUCGUUUCGAAACACGAGCCUAAAGAUUCAAAACACCAAAGACAGAGCAAAACCAAUGCAUUAAAAAACGCUACAAAAAUAAAGAAUAAUAAAAAUAAUAUCAACUCUCAAGAAACAAUAACAAAUAAUAAUAAAAAUUAUAUCAACUCUCAAGAAACAAUAACAGAGAAAUUAGAAAAUAAUAAUAACAAACAACAACAUUUACAAAAAGUGCAACAAAACCAAAAACUCCACGAGAAACUUCUCAAACACACACCAACAACAAAGCCCAACAACAUUGCUAAUAUGGUCGAACGCUUUGUUGAAACACUCAGUCAAAUUAAUGAUUCGGCUGUCUUCGAUGCCAGCUUCGAGAUCAAACACCUGCCGGAGACACCACAACGUCUGCUGCGGCAUCGCUGUGUAACCGAAGUGGAUCGUGAGAGCCUUGCACGCUUCGUACGUAACUUUGAGGCGCGCCAACAGCACCAACAUCAGCAGGUGCAACAGCAAGAUCAACAAGAACAGACGCAAACACAGAAUACAUGCCGCCGCAACAGCAGUAGCGCGCGCACAACACCAAAGAGUUCCCCAUAUCUGUGUCGCAAAGCAAAAGCGCUCUACCAGAAUGUCUUCAACGGCGGCAAUACGAGUCAGCAAAGCAGUCGUAGUAACUCACCGUGGUUGCGCGGCGCCAACACGCCAGACACACAAUCUACACACUCCGAUUUGGGUUCGGCCGAUAGUCAAACGCACUUGGAUGAACUGACUGCUGCAGAGCUAAUGCCAGCGCCGAAGGAACAAAAGCCUAAAUGUUGCAGUCACUUUCAGCGCUCACAAUCCGAACGCUCCAGCUAUCGUUCAGCAGUCAAAGUAUUGCAGUUUUUCUCCGGCAAAAAGAAGUGCAAAUCAAAUAAAACGACAGCGGUUGCUGCAACAACAGUUACGUCGUCGUCACCGCUACCGUUACGCGCAACAGCGCUCGGCUGUCAACCGCUACCGCAAUCCGAUGUGGAAGACAAUAUCGAAGAUGACUACUACUUUGAAGGCGUGCAUGUUGAAGACUAUGACGAUAAUGAAGAUGUGCUUGCUGAUAUAGCAGCGGCACAGCAAGAGCAGGAUGAGCAUGAUGACGGUAUUUCUUCGGCCAGCUCGAAUAUCACACAAUCCAGCGGUCGCAGUCAGAAUCACACGCCAGACUCCUCAUUUGAAUUGCACUCACCACUAGUGCCCACCUUCAAGGUCACACCGCCGCAGCACACCAAAGGUUGUCGCAAUCCCGCCUAUGAACUGGCGCGCUUCCUGCGCGGCUCCUUCCAUACCAAACGCGCCUCAGUUACGAAGUUGCGGCGCUCCAUCAGUGAUCCAGAUACAUUUGAACAAAUUGAUUUUACGCAACCGCCGACGUGUCACCGCCGCAAAAACAGCAGCAACAGCAAUAACCAAACCAUAAAAGGUGUCAAAUCAGCGGAAAUAGCAAGCUUAGCCCCGGCAAAAAAUUUACCCAAUUCCAAUCUCCCCGCUAAUGCCUCACCAUUCCGUCGGGCCUGGGGUCAAUCGUCCUUUCGCACGCCACGCACCGACAAACGCGCCCUCCAACAGUUGCAAUUGCAACAGCAAUCCGGCCAGCAUCAGCAUCUCAGUCCACUAGUACGACGCUCCUCAUCGAUGACCGCAUCCGACAAUGACGUCUAUAUCAAGUCCAUGCAUCACACCGACUGUCAUGAUGAGCUCAAGCAGACGCAUAGCCAGCAUCAGAUAGCGACGUCGGCGGCAGCCUUAGUUGCCGCACGAAAUACGAAUGCAGUGGCAGCCACUACGCUUACAACAACAAACGCCACUAGCAAUAGUGGCAACAGCAAGGUUGCGAGUUGCAUAAAUCAACUAAAGAUACCACAACUGAAGACCACCUUGGCACCAUCCGCAGAUAACGGUGUUGGUGGUGUGGCUGCUUGGGGUACAGCCUUUGAACGGCUGCUUGAAGACCCUGCUGGCAUGCACACCUUCGCCGAGUUUUUGAAGAAGGAAUUCUCCGCCGAGAAUAUAUACUUUUGGACCGCUUGCGAGCGUUAUCGUGCUCUAGAAAGCAGUGAUGGGCGCGCUGCACAAGCGAUGGCCAUCUUCUCAAAACAUCUGGCUAAUGGCGCUUUGGAGCCAGUGAAUGUAGACUCACAGGCGCGCAACCUCACACAAGAGAAAUUAGAGAGCGCGGAGCCGGAUAUUUUUGCACCCGCACAGAAGCAAAUCUUUAAUCUAAUGAAAUUUGACAGCUAUCAGCGUUUCAUACGUUCCGAUAUGUAUAAGAGUUGCGUAGAGGCGGAGGAGAAGCGCCAACCGUUGCCGUAUAAAGCGGAAGAUUUGGAUGAAUUGCUUAGAACGCCGGCACAUCAGCCAGUCACAGUGAGCAGCAUCGUAUCGAAGCUCAAGAAAUCGGCCAGCAAUGCAGAGGAUCGUUGCCGCAAGAGCUUGCUACCAUGGCACCGUAAAACGAGCAGCAGCAAAGCACCACGUGACAACACCGACGCGCCAACUGACUGCAAAGCCACAACCAAUAAGAUAGCGCCACUCUCCAGUCAUUCGUUGAAAUUGGCACCAGUACAGAACUCACAAAACGACAUACACAGCUCCCGCUCUUCGCUCUCCUCGUUCGAUGGCUUGCCAGGUGCAUCAAUAUUACCCGGUACCUGUCGCGUCAUCUUGAGUGAUGCCUCCACGACAAUGGUGCAAGCACGCGCCAACGAAACGGUUGGUCAACUGGUCGAGCGUUUGUUGGAGAAACGUGGUCUGUGUUAUCAAUAUUACGAUGUAGUGGCGAAAGGUACUACCAAAUCGAUUGAUUUGCAAACUUCAUCACAAACACUUGUGGGCAAGGAUGUGCUAAUUGAGCAGCGCGUCGCCUUCAAAAUGGAUUUGCCCGAUCGCAAGGUAAUCUCUGUAAAGAGUAAGCCCAAAAAACAAUUACAAGAGGUAGUGUGCCCCAUUCUGCAUAAAUACAACUAUGACAUAGAAGCAGUACAGGUGGUGAUGCGCGAAACUCAGGAGCCAGUUGACCUGUCGCUAACUGUAACACACGCGGAUGGUCAGCGUUUGCAAGCGGUGUGGUUGAAGCCACCGCCACUACUACAUGGCAAUGAUUAUCAAAAUGGCAAUGGUUGCGCGGCCAAAGUAGCAAAGGCUUCAACAUCGACGAAAAGUGUGUCCUUUCCGACUGCGCUGAAGCAAACAAACGGUGGCGCCUUGCGCUCGACUAGUAGCAGUAGCAUUCCAGUAUCGCAUUCAACACAGAGUGCCUUGGAUGAGAUCACCAACAAAGUAUUUACCGAACUAAUGCAAGUGAAGGUAGAAGCAGCCAGUGCCGAAAAAACGCAGCCACUGACGACGCACAAUGACAAAGUCAACGAACACGCUUCGCUUAAGUCUGACGACUGCGCUUCAGAGACUUCAUCAAUUUUCGAACGCAUACGUCGUCGGGACAACAAUAUUCAAAGCCUUAAACUAAAGCUGAAGAAGCGCUCCACAAGCAGUCAGCAUUCGGAGGAAACCAACCAAAGUAGCCACACAACAGCUAGCAAUGGUCAAUUGGCUGCUCCUACGGCAGUGAACGCUGCAUUGUUGGACAUAAAGAAGCCAAUCAUAGCUAAAUUAAAAGCGGGUGUGAAACUACAAAUGCCCGAACGAGUAGCUGAAAAUCAAGAUGAACUACUCGAAGGUCUGAAGCGCGCACAACUCGCACGCUUAGAAGAUCAACGUGGCACUGAAAUUAAUUUCGAGCUGCCGGAUUUUUUAAAGAAUAAGGAGAAUCUCAACGCCUCGAAGUUGCGUAAGGCGCGCGCUAAUCUCAGCCCCAUAAACAAGCCACCCGCACAAAUUUCCGUUGCAGCUACAGAGGAACAACCCGCACAAACAGCACCACAACCAACACAGCAAGAACGUCCACAACCCGCACCACGUCUUUCCAUAACAAAUAAACUGAAAGCCAACGCAACAGUGUCAUCUGCAAAGCAGGAACAACUCAACACAGAUGAGGCUCGCCAAACCCAGCCCACGACACCGUUAUCAGCGAAUUUAACCACCACUUCAUUAGAAUCUGAAUACGCUGCAGCAUUAGUGGGAACUAACAGUUGCAAAGGUCCACCACCAUUGCCGCCUAAGCCGAAAGUUUUGCCCAUUAAGCCAUCGAAUUGGGGUGCUGCGGCAUGUAUGUCCAACUCAUCGACAGCUUCAACGCCCACAACACCUUCAACGAGUAUACCGACAUUACCCACACCAUUGUCUAAGAACUAUACAACAGUGGGCUUGACCAAUAGCGUCACAACCAUUGUGGAAGACGCUCCAUUACUGUUACAUGUUGCGAGCAAACAUUUUUCAGGAAAUGAAAUCGCCCCACGCAAGACGCAUUUAAGUAUCGCCGCUGAGCAGCCUACAUCGGCGCGUUGUGCUUACCUAGAAGAGCCGAGUAGCAGCUUCGUUUGAGAAAGUGCGAAAAAAAUAGUGAGAGCGAAAGUGAUGUAUUAUAUAAUGGCUUCCACACCCAAUUCCAUUCUCCCCUUUGGCCAAUCCCUUUUCCACGUGUUUUUAAGUGAUAAUAAAAUAUAUACAUAUAUUAUAUUUUUAUAUAGGCUAUAUAGUUACAUAUUAUGUAUAACAUGCACACUUAAUGUUUAUUUAUUUUGCAUCUCUCAUUUCCACUGAUAUUAUUUUAACAAUUAAAUGUAAAUAAUCAAAUUAUCAUAUUUUAAUUUAGAAAAUAUAUACAUAGGAUGUGUAUAUAUUUAAUUAGAUUAUCUACUUAUGAAUGUAGACGAACUUCAAAAUUCAAUGUUUUAACAAUUGUUGAAAACGGUAUAUAACGGAUAUUUCCCAAAUUCUAAUAUUAAGGUUAAAUUCAUAAACAACAAUAUUUUUGUAAUAGUAAUUGAAAAAUGUAGACUGCAAAAUUACGAAUAAAAUCUCAAUUUGUAAAAACAAAAAUAAA